AUGUCCUCGCAGCUCAACUCUCUUACCACAGAAAACCCAGGCUACGACGAACUUCGCCGCAGGUUCUUCAACGGCCGUGUCCCCAAUAUCCGCCCCGCAGAAAUCGUUCUCCCCAAGACAACCGCCGAGGUUGUGACCGCAGUCAAAAGAGCGCGCGAGCAUGGCUGGAAGAUCGGCGUCCGCUCGGGUGGCCACCUCUUCACCUGCAACUCGCUACUGGAAGACGGUCUUCUCAUCGACACACGCGAUCUGAACCCCGACAUUGACUUCGACGCCCGAACCAAGAUCGCCAGCAUCAGCCCGGGCCACACAGUCGAGACCUUGACUAAGUACCUCCACCCUAUCGGGCGAUUCUUUCCAGCUGGUCACUCGCGAACUGUAGCUAUCGGCGGUUUCUUGCUGGCUGGGGGGCAAGGUGCUUUCAUGCGCGGAUGGGGUUACUCCUCCGACAGCUGGAUGACCCAGCUUGAAGUCGUCACUCCAGAUGGUGAGGUUGUCAUCGCGAACAAGACUGAGAAUUGCGACUUGUUCUGGGCCGCUCCCGGCAGCGGGCGGGGCUUUUUCGGAGUCGUGACGAGGAUCUGGGUCAAGACGAUUCCGACCAGAAAGCUCUUCGACAUGACGACCAUCAUCGACUCGACCGAAAUCUUUAAGCCGCUGAUGCGCUGGGUCCUCCAGGUUUCCAAGAAGUUGCCCAAGUACGGCGUGGAGUUGUUCUACUGCACCUUCUUUUCCGACAAGGACGAUCCCAACGGCGGUCAUGAGUCGUCUAGCAAGCGGGUCUUCUUUGUGAUCAACCAAACAAUGUUUGCGGAUUCGAUCGAGGAAUCGGAGGCUCUGGCAAACCCUUGGAAGACCAUGCCCGAUGAGUUCAAGAAGCACAUUGUGACUACGGUGCCGUUAGUGGAAAGAACCUGGGAGCAGCUCUGGGACUUGCAGGAGAGUUUCCAGCCCCAUGGAAACGGGGAGCGGUGGAACGUCGAUAGCAUCAUGGUUGAUCCUGCUGCUUCUGAUGAAAAGCUCAUUGAGGCCAUCACGCCGGCCAUGCUUGAUUUGCCCUCUCGGCUCUCCUCGGCCACCUUCUGCCCGACAGAUUACUACCCCGAUGAGGCGGAUCAGGCACUUAGCCUACCCCAAAAGGCAUACGUCUCGACUAUGUGCUGCUGGAAAGAUGCUCAAUAUGACUCAGCUAUCGACAACUCGCUUCUGGACGCCUACACCAAGGCCGACGCCGUCUCCUGUGGUGUUUACGUUGCCGACUUCAACGAAAAGCACAGAAUGACCAAGGUCAUGACAGACUCGGCCUUGAGGAAGUGGCUUCAAAUCAGACAAAAGUGGGAUCCGUCGGAGACGUUCGUCGGCCACAGGGGCUUCGCAAGUAUUUUGGAGUAG